AUGUCUGUGUCUCCCACAUCUGAGCAGCAGGAAUCUGUUCUUGACAUCACAGUGCAGAUGAGUACAAAGUCGAGUUUAGAGCCUGUGGCUGAGGCACAUCGAGCAUUGGCCUUAUUCUACAUGAUGGAGACCCUCUCUCUGGUCUUUGCCCUGGUUGGGCUGGUGGGGAACAGCAUCGUCCUGUGGCUCCUGGGCUUCCGCAUCCAGAGGAGCCCCUUCUCUGUCUACAUCCUCAAUCUGGCCGCAUCUGAUGCCCUCUUCCUUGGUAACUGCUUUGUGUUGUGUAUGUGGGAAGUUUUUGGAGACACAAAGGCUCCUGUCCUAGUGUUAUGGAGCUGCAUCCAACACAUGUCUCACAGUGUGGGCCUGAGCCUGCUGGCUGUGAUCAGCACUGAGCGCUGUCUCUCUGGGCUCUUCCCCAUCUGGUACAGAUGUCAUCGGCCCAAGCACAUGUCUACAGCUGUGUGCGCUGCCCUAUGGGUUCUGUCUGGCCUGUUAUGGGGAGCAGUUGCAGUUCUUCGUUUCCUUCGGAAACUCUACAUUUUCCACCUCGCUCUGCAGUGUGUCCAUUUUGGAUGGUUCGUCCUCCUCACCUGUGUGCUUUGCGUGUCCAGCCUGAUCCUGGUGCUGAGGAUUCAGUGUAGGUCCCAGUGUGGCUCCCAGCACAGGCGGCCACCCAGGCUCUACCUCCUGAUUCUGCUCACUCUUGUAUUCCUGAUCUUUGGCCUACCCUUCGGGAUUAUUCAUGCAAUAAGGUUGUUCAGUGGUUCAGUUUUAAUACCUUAUGGGCUCCCAAGGCUCCUGGCCUGUGUGAACAGCAGUGCAAACCCUUUCAUUUACUUCUUCCUGGGCAGCCAAUGGCGUAGGAGAGGGAGGGAACCCCUCAGGGUGGUCCUCCAGAGGGCCCUGGAGGAGGAGCGGGUGGAAGGGGUUGAGUUGACGGACAUUUCUGACCCCAACACUUUGGAUAAAUUAUCCUGA